GUGUGUGCAUACUUUGGCACAACCCACCGGUUAGUUGGCGAGCCGCAAAACGGAUGGUUGUCUGGGGCCAUGAAAUUCCUUCGUGUCGGCUGGAGUGGAGGAAGGGAGCGGGGAUGGAGAGGAACUGUCAAACUGCACGUUCCUAGGCAUUACGUGAACAAAUAGCGAGUAGCCUGGGAGCAGGUUGUGUAACUUUACUAAUGUGCCACAACUUUAAAAUCCCUUCCUCCUUCUCCACUCCAGACAGUACCAAGAAAAUGUGAGGCACUCUAUACAGCUGCAACUUUUGGCAAGCCGGCUUUUGAUCCUCUUUGCUGCAUUCUGCGUGUAAAUAUACAUAUAUAUAUAUAAUGUUUUGAAGCAUUACGCUGACUUUUACAUUUAAAAGAUAUUGGAUGGAAAUAUAGACUUUUUUGCAAAAAAUAUUUUCUGGGGAACUCGCUCGAUUUUACAAGAUGAAUUAUCAAACUUUAAUGUACCUAGUCAAACUUUUUGGUCUUUACUUGACCUGCCUGGUUCGAGACGUCGAUGGACAGCAGCAGCAGCAGCAGCAACAGCAGCAGCAGCAGCAAGAACAGGAGAGCUCGGCAGCGGCCCCUUGGCGCCAGCGAAUUCAGUGGAGAAACAACGGUCGCGUUUACAGUUUGUUGAGCCUGGGUUCCGAGUAUCAGCCGCCUCAGGGCUCAAGAGGCAGCAACAGCCUCUUCCUGCUGAGUGACAGUGACACCAACAGCACGGUGGGCAGCGGCAGCACCAGGGACACCUCAGCCACCACCUCCGGCGCCCGCUCGGGCCGGCUGCCGGGUGGCCCCUCUUCAUCCACAUCCCGGCAGCGCCCGUCCGGCGCCAGGCGGCCCGGUGCCGGUCAGCGGCGGCAGAGCACAGGCGGCGACAGCCCGAGAUCUUCCGGAGCCCGGGGCAGGGAAGCCAGCGGGGUGCCGAGGCCAGAAGUUCGGGUGACUCCAGCCGCUUCCUCCGCCAACCGAGCUGUCAGGGAGCCCCCUGCAACUGGCCAGAACACGUCGAGCCAGGGUGGUCGCAGGGCUCCCGAUGAGGAUGUCAUGGCUGGGGAUGACCCUUACAACCCCUACAAGCAAACGGAUGACAAUCCUUACUACAAUUACUACGAUACAUAUGAGAGACCCAGGGCUCGGCCCCGCAGACCUGGGUACGGUACCAGGUACUUUCAGCAUGGUUUACCAGAUUUAGUCCCAGAUCCGUACUAUAUUCAAGUCUCAACAUACGUUCAGAAGAUGCACAUGUACAACCUUAGAUGCGCUGCAGAGGAAAAUUGCUUGGCAAGUUCAGCCUAUUCUGCGGACGUCAGGGACUAUGAUAUGCGAGUGCUGCUAAGAUUCCCACAGAGAGUGAAAAACCAAGGCACAGCAGACUUCUUACCAAGCCGGCCUCGUUAUUCAUGGGAAUGGCACAGUUGUCAUCGGCACUACCACAGCAUGGAUGAAUUUAGCCAUUAUGAUCUCCUGGAUGCCACCACUCUUAGAAAAGUUGCUGAAGGACAUAAAGCUAGUUUUUGUCUGGAGGACACCUCUUGUGACUAUGGGUAUUACAGAAGAUAUGCUUGCACAGCACAUUCACAGGGAUUGAGUCCAGGGUGUUAUGAUACUUACAAUGCUGACAUCGACUGCCAAUGGAUCGAUAUUACAGAUGUUAAGGCAGGAAACUACAUACUAAAAGUUGCAGUAAACCCAAGUUAUUUGGUACCAGAAUCAGACUAUGCUAAUAAUGUUGUCCGUUGUGACCUUCGUUAUACAGGCCACCAUGCUUAUACCUCGGGCUGUAGAAUUUCACAAUACUAACUUCACAGAGAACAAGAUAUGUUUAAGAAUGGAUUGAAUCAGUAACAUUUACAAGACACGAAACAAGUCAAGCUUCAGUCUCCGUAUUUGGCACCAUUUCAAUUUAAACAAUCCCAAACAGGUAUUAUUUGCAGGAGAUGCUGAAAUCUAUGAGAACAAAUGUUUUAAAACCCGUAACACUGUGACUGGGACCUCUGGAACCAAUCUUUACUAUUGCAGUGGAAUCAAUUUUGAUACUUUAACUCAUUCACUACACGUUGCUAUUGUGAUGGCACUUGCUACAGUUAACAUCCGGUUUGCAUAGAUGCAUUCUCCCAGGACCAAGGAUUGUAGUGGAAAUAGUGCCAAAUGGUAUCUUAUUACUGAAUGAGUUAAGAAAAGUUUGGUGUGAUUAGACUAUAUUUAACUUGUUGUGAUGGACAUUUUAUAUUUUAUAUUUAAUAAGCACAUGACUAUUCUAAAUCAUCCAUUCCAAAAAAGGCCAUUUUCCGCCACAGAAGUCACAGCAACCAGAUGAAGAAGAAUAAAACAGGGCAGGGCUAGUAUCAAAAAAAGUGGAUGAGUUAGAAGAAGCCAUGUGAUUAUGAACAAUACUGUGUUUACAUUUAACAGUGAUCCGGUUACAUUCCACUGCUUUCAUUCCAAACAAUGAAUCCUUUGUUUGUUGCAGGAUGAUUGCCUAUUACCAUGCAUAUUUGACUACGCAAGUUAUAAUUACAGUUGAAACAUUAGAAUUGUUUCUGUUUGUUGUUGUGCAUUUAUGCGCCGAAGAGGUGUAGAAAUAUAAAUUUGAUCUUAAAUGCAUUGCAAUAGCAUCAGCAAGGAUCCCGUUAAUAUAUAUGUUUUAUGUACUAUUUGAUCCCAAAUAAUACAUUAUUGAAUGUCACAACAUUCAAUUGAUUAAGGGCAUGUGUGCUUUUUUGUAAAUUUGAGCCUGACCUCUUCAUCGGAAGCUCCCCAAUGAGUGGUUAAAAUUUAUUCCUGUGGAAUAAAUGUUAAAGGCAUUUCAUCUUUUUUUUGUUCUACAGUAAUAGCUGAGCAGAAUUACAAAUCCAGAAUCUAAAAAUCUAACCAUUAUCAUAUCAAGCUCUGUAAAUAUGAAUUUAAGAAUUUAGGACUGAAAUAGCUUAUGAUUCAAGGCUUCCGAUUUCUAAAAAUGAUGCUCGAACAAUGGUUUAUUUCUAUAACUACAGUAUCUCUAAAGAUAUUUUACUGUAGAAGAAUAUUGUUCCCAACAAUAACAUUUAAUUUAAAACAGUGUGUAAAAAUUAAUAAUGAAAAUGAAAUGUAACCAUCAAGUUGAUGUAAAUUUUCAUUUUUACAUUGAAAUGCAAUUUUUGCUCACUGAGGAAUGAUGACUUAUCUGCAAAUAAAUUGAACUUUUAUUUAACAUUAUUGAUUAUAACUUUUGCAAAUGAAAGUUAUUAGUGAAGAUAAAAGAUGAAGACCUAAGUACCAAAAAAUUAAAUUCAGAAAAGUAAAAUUAGAUUUAAAAAUCAUUUCAACCACUAAAGACCAGGCCUAAAAUAAGGGACAAAGGACAGAUUAAAACAAAAAUGGCUUCAUGUCUCUGGAAUUAACUUCUAAAAGCCCUUUUGGGAUCCCUGAUCAGUUCCAUGUAUAUUUCAGGUUAGAAUUAGUAGGAAUUAUAUAAAUAAAUGUGAAGAAGAAACACCAAUAACAGAGUAGCAUGAAGUCUGAGGAUUUGAUGAUACAAUUAUGUAAAAUACCAGCAACUUGGAAGACAGGUCAAAUAUAGACUAAAGUAAAGGUUAUCGUUCAUUCAUGUCAAUCAAGUGCCAAGAUAGUUAAUAAAUAACAAUGCAUGGAUUACUUUUACACACUAAUGAUUUAGACACACAGAGCAGAAUCUUGUGCCCUCUUCUGGUGAGUUUGUUGAUGGGGAAGCAUUUAAUCAGGCGGGAGGUUGGCGGGUGGGGACUCUGUCGCCUUCCUGCCUCCAUCUUCAUUAAGUCCGUGGCAGGAAGGAACAUAGACAGCCUUCCCACCCCACCACCAAUUGAGACCCUUAAGAGGGGAGCAUGAUAAAAAAACCCGUGCUGGGUUGCUCAGGUGCCCAGGGGACCGGGGUCCCUCGUUCAAAGGGACUCAGUGCUUGACCAAAGGUUAGGGCUUUGGGAAGGUUGGGGUGGGGGGACCGUUGAAAGAUCAUUGUCCUACCUGCCAAUUCCCCUCCCUUGCCAACCCCCAUUCUACCAUCACUCAAAUCUGGCCUGAGAUCCAGCGACGAUUCUCGGGUGGGUGUCACACUGGCAGCAACCACCGCCUUCCUGGUGGUGCUGCCAUUCAAUAGAGCUGCUGGCCUCUAAUUGGCCUUCUUCCCCCGGGUUCCUUGAUCCUAGGGAAGGCCCACUGCUGGCCUGUUAAGUGUCUGAGUGGGACAAGAUGAUACAGGCUUUCCCUGAAAGAGAUGAUGGGGAACUCUUGUUGGCUCUCCAGCCGGCAGCCGAGACCCCCAUCGCCUCCUCAAGAUUCUGCCCCUUGACAGUCAGUCCUGUGUAGAAUGGUAGAUAUUUGUGAGUAUCAGCAAACCAUUACCAUUCAAUGUGUUCUGGAGAAGUGGGUUGCUUAAAUUCUCUGGUUUACGUAUAGUACUUACAGUACACAUGGAUUUUAGUGCAGCAGAUCUAUUUCUAAGAGGCCUGUGCUGAAGGCAUAGAAAAAUGGAGUACACAGCAAAUAUAUGAAGUUGCUUAGUACUGUCAACAAAAGUAACUCAUAAAAAGAUUCAUUUUCUAGUUUUAAAAACUUUCAUUUGAAUAUGCCAUCGAAAUUACUAAGUGAUCCCUCCCUUUGAAGUAUUGUGUAAAUGCUGUACAGUGGCUAAGCUGCACUUAUAUGACUGAAACACUAUUUGACAUCAGUGAUCCACCUUAAUGCAUUUGCUAUAAUUAACGUAAUUGGUAGGUGCUGAUGUUUGUUUCAUUUACUGUAUUUAUUGCACAUCAUCAUGACAUGAACUGACACAACCUGCACUGUAAGGCUUAGCUAUAAAGUGGAUUGUACCACCAGUAUUAGAGUUUAAAACAAAAUGGAAAAAGUCAGUUAAAGGUUCAUUAGUAUCAUGGAUCACAUAACACAGGAUGCUGUUCAGCCUAUUGUGCUCAUAUCAGCUCUUUGAACGAGAUAUCAAAUUAGUCCCACUCUUCUACUCUUGCUCCAUAACCCUGCAAAUUUUCCUUUUUGAGUAUAUAUCCAAUUUCCUUAAUUACUAUUGAAUCUGCUUUCAUUACUGUUGCAUGCAGUACCUUCUAGAUCAUAGCCUAUGUUGUCUAAAAUGCAUUCUCGUCUCUCCUCUGAUCCUUUCAUUAAUUUUAAUUUUUGCCCUCUGAUUACUGACUCUCCUGUCAGUGGGAACAGUUUUUCCUUUUUUACUCUAUCAAAGCCCAUUAUAAUUUUGAACACCUCAACUAAAUCUCCUCUUACCCUUCUUUGCUCUAAGGAGACCAAUCCUAGCUUCUCCAGUAUUUCCAGUAAUGCAUCAUUCCAGUAAAACAUCUCUGCACCCUCUCCAUGGGUUUGACAUAAUUCUUAAAGUGUGGUGCUCACAACAAGGCAUAAUAUUCAGGCUAGGCCUAACCAGCAAUUUGCAAAAGUUUGGCAUAACUGUCUUGCUUUCCUAUGUCAAACCUCUAUUCAUAAAGCCAAGAAUCUCAUACUCAGGAAAAUAUUAGAGGAUUACACCCUCCCCCCACCCAGUUAAAAUGACUGUACAAAGGCAUACACACCAUUCUCACUUGCCUCCCAUCUCCCACAACUUUUUCUAGGAGGCCUAAAUCUGAUAUAAAGGCAAUUUCAGCUUUCUCUUUCUGCGAGGUACCUUGAUGCUGGUAGGCAUCCCUAAGCCAGUCUAGAGUGACCUCCCUUAAGUUUGCCAGCUGCCUCUCUCUGCCUAUUUCAUGUGGGCAGCUAGCAGGAAGGAUGGAAAUGAGAUCCAGCCAUAAAAAUCAGCUGAGGCUUCCCACAGAGACUCAUAUGCAGGAAGUUAAAAUUCACCAUAUUAUGUGUAUGCAGUUUCAUGAGGUUCAGUUUUUUGAAAGAUUUAACUUUUAAAUCAUAAAGAAGAUAAGCAAUCUUUUAAAUUGGUCACAGAAAUUUCAGCACAGAUAAUAGCUAGUAAAGAAUCUACACCUAGCCAACUUAAUACUGUUAGUCGGAACAGCAUAUUUAAUAUUAACAGUAUACUAAGCAUUAUUUCCUUUACACAACUGACUUAAAUAGUCUAUUCCAGUCACACAGUCAUCAUUACUUUUUCACUAGUAUCAACAAUACAGUUUGACAAGCAGUGGUAUCACAAUUACCUGCUAAAUAAUGAAAACUACUCUGAAAGAUAAAGGAGUGAUUAAUUUCACACCGUCCAUUAAUCGUGUGGUCUAAAUGUAUUUUCCCAGGUACAAUGGUGUCAAAGAUUUUGGCCAGUGUUUUUAAAAAAAAAUCAAAAUGUAGAAAAAUGUAAUUUUCCUCAUUAGUGUGCUGUAGUGGAUAAAGAUACCAUAGUCAUUUAUUCUGGUGGUCCUUGCUUAUAGCUGAAGUGCAACAUCAUGUUGGAAGAUAACAUUGCUUCUAUGGAGGGGUGAACAAGUAUAUGUAUAACAAAAUAAUUAUAUUUACUGUCCCCCUGGGGAAAUGUUUCAUCAUAAGAAGCCCUAGCACAAAUGCAAUAAUUUUAGGGUAGUCAAAGAUUAAUCGUAAAGGCUGUGGGCUACAACUUUUAAUAAAAGAACAACUUCCAUUGUAAUGGGUUUUAUUCUCAAAGAUUUUCUAUAAUUCAUAUGCAUCUUAGUACAAAGGAUGCUAUUUCAAUUUGGAACUUUGUGAAAAAAAGUUUCAUAAAAAAUGCAAAGAAAAUGCUAUUGCUGGAAAUAUGCUCAGUGAUAAGUAAAAAAAUGAAAUGCCACUAAGUUUACAAGCCUGUUUUGGUGCUUUUCACCAUAUGUAUCAGCUUCAUACUGAAUUUCAUAAUUUUUAGCUGCAGAUAAUUUUUAUUUCUAGAAAUCAAUGUAUCUGUACUUGAAGCUUAUAGUUACUGUAAUAAUUUGUAGAUGGUAGAUACGUAAUGGUUAUUGCAGAUUUAUAAUCCAGAGUUAUUUGCCUAUAUCAGAUUGUGAGACCUUAACUUGAAUAAAAAUGUUUUCAACUAGU